AUGAAAUACAAUCAAAACGAAAAAGAUCUAUCUUUUCCCAUUGGUGUAUGGGAAAAACGUGAACAUUCAUUAGUGUCCUCACAUCAAUUAGAUGAAAUUGAUACAUUAGAUAUCGAGCAGAUAAUAGCACAUGCGUACGAUCAAGCAAUACAUAUUGUCAAACAUUCAAAAAUGUUGGAUGCAUUAAAUCAACAUGGAAUAAACAGUUUAGACAGCUUAAGUAAAUAUAUAUUCAAUGUAUUAAGUAAAAAUUCCAGAAUGAUUAAUUACUCUUCCCAAGUACCUGCUGACAUCGUUGAAGAGUUUGGAUUGGAUGAGGAGAACGAUGAUAACAAUAUUAUAGAUGAUACACAAGUUGAGCUUGAUGAUGGAACUGUAUUUGACCCUCAAAGUGACGAUAGUAGUGAUGAGGAAGACUUAUUGAAUUCAACAAAAUCCGACUUUAAUGGAAUAAGGAUUGUUGAUGAUAUUAAUCCCGCUUUAAGGCAGUCAUAUUUCAAAAUUAAAAUAAAUGACAAAAUUAAAUAUCUUCACAAACAGUCGGCUUGUUGGCUGCUAACGAACAAUAUAACGAAAUUAUCUAGUGAUCGUUUAUCUCGUGUCAUGAAGCAAACAGCUGAUGUUGAUUAA